CGGUAUCCUCUGGGUAUGACUGGAGGACAGAUUCUUGAUGAGGAUAUCUCUGCUUCUAGUCAGUGGUCAGAGUCUACAGCAGCAAGAUAUGGCAGAUUGGACUUUGAUGAUGGAGACGGUGACGGGGCAUGGUGCCCUAACAUCAUGGCAGAGACGGACGCAGGCGGCCCGAAGGAUUUCCUCCAGGUGGACCUGCGUUCGCUGCACUUCAUCACGCUCGUGGGCACCCAGGGUCGCCACGCCGACGGCAUGGGCAAUGAGUUUGCCCAGCGCUACCGCAUCAAGUACAGCCGUGACGGCAGCCGCUGGGUGGCCUGGCACGACAGGAAAGGCAGGCAGGUGAUCGAGGGGAACAUGAAUGCCUAUGACGUGGUGCUGAAGGACCUAGAGCCACCCAUCAUUGCCCGCUUCGUACGCUUCAUGCCAAUCACAGACCACUCCAUGAUCGUGUGCAUGAGGGUAGAGCUCUAUGGCUGUGAAUGGCUAGAUGGCCUGGUGUCCUACAGUGCUCCAGCCGGCCAGGAGAUGACCUACAGAGGCCUGGACGUCCACCUCAAUGACUCGGUCUACGAUGGAUCCAUGGGUCUACAUAUGGAGGAAGGCCUGGGCCAGCUGACUGACGGGACGUGGGGUCUUGAUGACUUCCUCCACAGUCACGUGUACGGCGUGUGGCCCGGAUACGAUUAUGUGGGCUGGACCAAUGAGAGCUUCCCUAAGGGCUACGUGGAGAUGACCUUCGAAUUUGACCGCGUCCGCAACUUCACCUCGAUGAAGGUGCACUGCAAUAACAUGUUCAGCCGCGGCGUGAGAAUGUUUCGGCAGAUUUCGUGUUACUUCCGUACGUCCGAGUUGGACUGGGAGUCCCAGCCAGUGUCCUUACGUCUCCCGGUCGACCAGGUCAGCCAGAGCGCCCGGUUCAUCACCGUGCCCCUGGGGGGCCGCAUGGCCAGUGCCAUCAAGUGCCGCUUUGCCUUCAACGAGGCCUGGAUGAUGAUCAGCGAGGUGGCCUUCCAGUCAGGAGAUAACCCCAUCCACAAAGUGGAUGAAAGCAACACCCGGAUCCUGAUUGGCUGCCUGGUGGCCAUCAUUGUCAUCCUUUUGGCCAUCAUAGUCAUCAUUCUGUGGCGCCAGGUCUGGCAGAAGAUGCUAGAGAAGGCUUCGCGGCGUAUGCUAGACGACGAGCUGUCGGCCCGUCUGGCCGUCCAAACCCAGGCCUUCUCUUUCCACCACUCGUCCCAGUCCAGCGGGGACGGCUCCAACUCCACCUACGAGAGGAUCUUCCCCCUCUGCUCCUCUGACUACCAGGAGCCCUCCCGCCUCAUCCGCAAGCUGCCCGAGUUCGCCCAGUCCACUGAGGAGCUGGGGACUAGCUCCUCCUCCAGACCACCCCAGGCCUGUGGAUCAGACGGGGCUCCCCACUAUGCCGAGGCAGACAUUGUGAGCCUGCAGGAGGGGACUACGGGCAGCAACACCUACUCCAUCACGGCCGUCAACAUGAGUCUGCUCUCUGGGAAGGACACAGCCAUGAGGGAGUUUCCCAGGGACAAGCUCACCUUUAAGGAGAAACUGGGAGAGGGACAGUUUGGAGAGGUGCACCUGUGUGAGGCAGAGGGCAUGCAGGACAUUGUGGAGAAGGAUCUGUCUGAAGAGAUCAAUGACCGUUCAAAUGAGGUAGAGGGCAGCGAUGACACACCUAUUCUGGUGGCUGUGAAGACACUGAGGGAGGACGCCAACAAGAACGCAAGGAAUGACUUCCUGAAGGAGAUCAGGAUCAUGUCUCGGCUGAGGGACCCUAACAUCGUCAGCCUGCUGGCAGUGUGUGUGGAGAGCGACCCCCUCUGCAUGAUCACGGAGUACAUGGAAAAUGGAGACCUUAACCAGUUCUUGUCCAGCCAUCAAUUGGACGAAUUGGAGGAGAUACAAUCUAGUGACAAAGCCACGGUCAGCUAUAGCAACCUGAUGAGCAUGGCUACACAGGUAGCCUCUGGAAUGAAGUACCUGUCCUCUCUCAACUUUGUCCACCGCGACCUGGCCACGCGCAACUGUCUGGUGGGCAAGAACUACACCAUCAAGAUUGCUGACUUCGGCAUGAGCCGGAACCUGUAUCGCGGUGACUACUACCGUAUCCAGGGGCGGGCCGUUCUUCCUAUUCGCUGGAUGUCAUGGGAGAGCAUCCUAUUGGGUAAGUUCACCAUGGCCAGCGACGUGUGGGCUUUUGGCGUGACUCUGUGGGAGAUUCUGACCCUGUGUGAAGAGCAGCCCUACUCGCAGUUUUCCGACGAGCAGGUCAUCGAGAACACCGGCGAGUUCUUCAGGGACCAGGGCAAGCAGGUGUACCUGCCGAGGCCUGCCUGUUGCCCUGAUGCGGUCUAUAGCAGCCUGAUGCUGGGUUGCUGGAGGAGAAAUGCCAAACAGAGACCCACUUUUCAGGAGAUAUACAGCCAGCUUGGGGAGAGCCAGGAAUAGCAGCUCAUAUAUAGACCAUGAUUAUAUAGAGUGCUCUGAGGUAAAAGUUCCCCUAGGUACAGAUCUAGGAUCAGCUUCCCCUGAAAAACUGAAGAUCAGCAUUUAGGGGCAACUUUAUCCUACACUUCACCCUUUUUUGUAACAUGGACCAACAUCUACGGUCCUUCUACAUUCAAGGGAAGGCAAAAGUAUGGCCCUUCCUCCUUUGAGGACCCCGUAAAUUAGAACUAGCACGUGAAAACUGACUGAAAACUGCACGCAAUGUUCUAUUCAUCUCUCUCAGCCUUUUUCUCUCAAUUUGAGUUGACUUCCUAUCUCUAUUCGCCAGAGCCAUGUAUAUUUAUAUUAACAAUGUCUAUUGCACACUAUGAAAACACCACCUCUCGCUCUCCCUCUGUCUCGCUCCAUCUCGCUCUCUCUCUAGUUUUUAGGGUGGGGGACAGUUCUGUAAAAAAUGAUUCAUUAUGUCUGUGAUGAUAAAAUGUAGGAAUGCUGUGUCAGAUUGUGCACACCAGGAAAUGUAAUGUUGUUUAUAAUCUUCUAUUAUGAAGAUAAUAAUAAUAAUGUGUAGAAAGUCUCCUUUUGGACUCAGAUAUUCAAGCAUGUAUCUGUUUGAUAGGUUCUUUAUUUAGUUGAUGUUGUAAAAUGUGUUGUAUUUUGUCAAAGCUAAAUAGUCCUUUGAGUUAAAUUUGUGCUUUGAAAUAGUGCAACUUCAUACUUAAAACCUGCAUUUCUUAUUGUUCAUGCAAGUUUUAUACUCUAAUUAGACAAGUAGGCCUACUUAUGGUUUCAAUUAAUUUACUGAACAUUCUUCAAUGUUCAAAACCAUUUUAAAAACGACAAUAAAAUGUUCAAAUAAAAAA